AUGCCUAGAAAGAUCAAAGGGCCUCCUACCGAGAAGCAAAGAUUCGAAGAGUAUGAGAGACGCAUUCGUUUGGCGGCUGUCCCUGCCCCGACUGCGGCACAGAAGACAAGGACUGCACAAGAGCGCACCAGCUUACAGACGGCGACCGUGUCAGCGCUAGAUGCGAACGAACUCGUCAGACGGCGACGUGCAGUUGCCGUUGCUGAAUUUUUAGCGUUGUUCCAAUUGUACAACGUUGUCUUUGCCAACCAACCCGAUAUCGGGGACGAGUUGAACUCGGGACGAUACAAAGCGACCGUUGGGCAGUGUCAAAGACAGUUUGUCAGGUUGAGAAGUGCUCAGGUCACAGCAUCCACUGCAUGGCAGGCCUUGCUGCAAGAACAUACAACACAACUACCGCGUAGUGAUGCCAUUUCGAUAGCUGCGGCCAAUGCAGAGCUUAAUCAGGCGAAUGCAGACAUCGCUGACACGGAUUUUCGUCUACAAGGAUUACAAUUGCGACUUGAUAGUCCUCCGGUUGCGGCAGACGCUGCUGGUGUUCGCAAAGUUCGGAAACGUUGGCUACCAACGGAGAUUUUCCAGCGAUGGCGAUUCGCGCAGGACGCAGCCAGCAUAGUGCCGCCUGCAACCAUCAAUGCAGAUGCUGGAUUGCUUGCAGCUGGAUGGGACGUUCACCGACAGGUCGGCGAAGGCGGCCAAGGCACAGCUAGCUUAUGGCUAGGAUUUAACGCCAACCAGCGAGUGUCACGACGUGUUGUCAGGAAAUACAUGGACGAGAGCAUAGGCUGGUACGACGCCCGCAAGUUUGCAGGAGCCGAUGUGAGAAGUGUCAACAAUCGACUUCCCUGGGAACUUGAAAGCCACGAAGAGAUGAUGCGCGCACAAGCCACUCCUAACAACCUGCCACGGAACGAUCAUAUUGUGGCUACGGGAGUGCCGGCUACUGCCGCUCUGGUUAACAACCCAACGAAGACGUACAGGAUCUAUACCGAGUGGUGUCCUCGUGGCAAUCUUGACUCGAUUAUUGCUCAUUACCGCACUAUUUUUCCCCCUCGGGCCAUACCGGAGCCAUUCAUAUGGGCAGUCGCAGAAGCGCUGACAUUUGCUGGCCUUGCUAUGCAAUUUGGCUCCGAGCAAGGAGUGCCCUUGCCUGGAUGGCAGCCGAUCGUCCAUAGAGACCUAAAGCCGGCAAACAUAUUCCUUGGACAUCGCUCCAAUGCUCCGAACGCAUGGAGAUGGUAUCCUACGCCCCGUCUGGGCGACUUCGGUCUCGCCGUCCAGCCCAAUGCCUACGGUGCCAGUAACCCGCAAUCCUGGCAAGACCUUGGGACACAAGGCUUCUAUGCUCCUGAGCAGAUGGACUACGUCAACCGCAACACACAUGCACCCUUAAACCCGUGGCCACUCGACGAGAAAACAAACUUGUUCGGGGUCGGACUCAUCCUCUACUGUCUGGUCACUCAAAAACGUAAUGCGCCCCAGGCGUACUGGCUUGGCGAUGGCGCGACGGAUACGACGCACACUUUACAUGAUGUCGUUUCCCGUAUGCGCAUCAGCCUUUUGCGGGGAUUUACAGUCCACGUCUAA